GGCUGGGAUCUCCGUGUUGAUCUGGGACCGCCGCGGAUCGGGCGGCUCCUCUGUGUGGGCGCCUUUGACUGAGCCUUCCAUGCCCGAGGAGGAUCCAUGGCAAUACAACCUGUUGAGACUGGAAGUGCAAGACCUGAAGCUGCCUGGCAACAAUUGGGUGGUGCCACCGUUUUUUUUGUUACUCUUGGAUUGGGCAGAGUUUGGAGAGCCGAUAUCGUUGGGCCUGAGUUCUGGUGCUCGCCUCUCUGCUAUGUUUGCCUCACGCUACCCCAAGCGUGUCUCCAAGUUAGCAGUGCUGCCCACGGGAGAUGCUGCGGGGGCUUCAGGGCUAUUGGCGCAGGCCUAUUAUGGCGACUGUUGGGAGCUGGCGCAGAAGGGUGGAAUGGAAGCCAUUGUCAACACACCAGGCAGCCAGUUCCAAGCACAAGCUGCUGGCUGUGAAGAGAAGCGUGCCGCAUUGCUAUCUGUGGAUUCCAAGUACUUCAUGAACGCCAUGAUGAAUUCGCAAGUCUUCCUGGAAGGCUUCACUGGAGAAGCAUUCCUGGGCCUCUUCCCCGAAGCACUGCGCCAGCUGGAGGUGGUGGAUUCGAGCCUCCUUCAGGGGAAGCAUCAUGUGCCCGCCCUGAUUUUCCACCACGGCUUGGUAGAUGAUCGGCUCCACGCCUUGGAGGAUGCGCAGAGCGUGGCGCAGGACAUCCCUGAGGGGCAGCUGCUGGUGGAAGCGGUGGCCCGGUGGCAGCUUGGAACGGGCAUCGCAGACUCAACCAGCAAAAAUGGGUUCCUGGACUUUGAAGAUUUUCAAGAGGCGCAGUUUGAAGAAACGAUGGAAGAUGUGGGAACAGAAA